GCCUCAGUUAGGUCAUAUCCUGUCCCAGGGAAGCAGUGGACAAUUCAGUUGGUCUGGUCUAUUUCAUCCCAGCAGAAUGCAGCCUUCACUACUGCCAUUUUUGCUGCUUCUGGUUCUGGCUGGCAGGAAAGCAGCAAAUCUCUCCAAGUCAAUAGUGACCCUGUACCCACCAUGGUUCCAUGUGCUCAAGAAUGACCUUGUAACUCUAAGGUGUGAAGGGUCUGGCACCCCUGAAGGCAACUCCAUCCUUUGGCUCCACAAUGACACAAUUAUUCCAGUCCAAAUCCAAGACUACAACAUCAUAACCAAGAAUAUCUCGUACAGUGGAAAGUACCAAUGCCAGAGAGGCCAGUCUGCUCUCAGUGAGCCUGUGGGGCUAGAAGUCUUCCCAGACUGGCUUGUACUCCAGACCUUGAAACUGGUUUAUAUGAAAGGGGAAUCCAUGGUGCUGAGGUGCCACAGCUGGGAAAACAAAGGCAUCUCUAAAGUCACAUUCUAUCAAAAUGGUAUAGGAAGGAAGUUUUUUCAACAUGAUUCCAACUUUUCCAUCAGUAAAGUGGACAGUAAUGACAAUGGAGAUUACUUCUGUUCAGCAACCAUAAGAAAUAGGAGGGAAACAUCAAGAGUGGUGAGAAUUACUGUCCAAGAUCCAAGUUCAUCUACUUCCUCAUCUUCUAAAAUCUGGUACAUCCUUUUCUACCUUGUGAUGGGAGUUCUGUUUGCAGCAGACACUGGUCUGUACUUCACACUUAAGAGAGAGAUCAAUGGACCAAAGAACAAAAGGCGUCCUCUCACCAGAUGGCGUUAGGAACCUGAGGAUGACUGACUCAUCAUCAGCCUGUGAAAAGACUGGGGUCUUGGUGUGGCAGUGACCCAUUCAUCUCUGUCUUCCUCCUCAUCUCCUAGUAAUCACCAUCCUUAGUCCAUUCCUGAGGGCAACCCCCACCUCGAGGGGGACUCAUGUCAAGCUUGGGAUGAGGACUGUUCCUUACUCCUGACUUCCAGUAUAUCUUUGUCUUCAGAGGAUAGAAGUUUUUGUGAACUGCAAGCAAAAUAGUCAGGCCCAGCUAGCACCUUUCUCCUGACUGAGUUCCUAGGAGCUCAGGGCUGCACAGUUACUGACCCUCCCUUGGACAUAAACGGACACUGUAAAUGAAGGAAAUCAUUUCAGUAUUUUAAUAAAUAAGCAAAUAAAUUUCUAGGACAGUAAUAAUUGAA